GAACAAACUUGAACUUUCCGGGGGUGCCGCUAGAGGGCGGCCAAUGUCGCCCAAUACAUUAUUCGUUAGUAUUGGUGUGACUUUAGCCAUCACAUGUUUGCGUUGUUUUCGACCGGUAACAAGUGUGUGUUUUUCGUGAUAAACUUAGCAGGUCAGAUUCAUUUCUAGGGAAAAUGGGUCGCUACAAAAGAGUCAUAGGAAGCAAGAAUUACAGCAAUUAUACCACAGAACAACUAGAAGAGGCACUUCGACUGAUUAGAUCGGGUGUAAUGUCACAAAGACAAUAUUCUACGAGAUCCAAAAUACUUCGAGCGACAUUGCAGAAUAAGCUGAAGGGAGUGCACAAUAGACCUGCAGGUGGCCAGACCGUGUAG